UUACCUGGCGAAUGGCAAGUUUAGGUUAGGUAGCAUGUCAGCUGGGGAGAAGAGUGUCCUGAGAGAAACGCCGGUGGAACAGGGUGGAAAAGCGUCCCUCCUGGCUCCGGGGGUGGACGGCACGCUUCUGCGAACGUUCCUCCUUAUCACCUGCGUGAAGGUUCUCCUAAUUCCUACCUAUCACUCUACUGAUUUCGAGGUGCACCGCAAUUGGCUCGCCAUCACGCACAGUUUGCCUCUGCGAGAAUGGUACGUGAACUCGCUGUCUCCCUGGACCCUCGACUAUCCGCCUCUGUUCGCGUGGUUCGAGUAUUGCCUCAGCCAGGUGGCUGUGCUCUUCGACCCGGAGAUGGUCAGAGUGGAGAAUCUGAAUUACGCAUCACUCGCCACCAUAUAUUUCCAGAGAGGCACUGUCAUAUUCACCGAUGUGGUAUUGGCAUAUGGAGCGAGAGAAGCAAGCAGAACGUUUUGCAAAUCCGCGAGCAGCUGCGCAGCUUUCAUAUUUCUAUCGCUGUGUAACGCGGGGCUGUUGAUAGUGGAUCACAUACAUUUCCAAUACAAUGGUUUUCUGCUUGGCGUGUUGCUGAUAUCCCUGGCGAACGUCUCGAGGAUUGGUGAGCAGACUUCAGUACUGCGAGGUGCCGCGUGGUUCGCCGUUUUACUCAAUCUGAAACAUCUGUACCUGUACGUGGCACCAGCGUACACCAUCUGGUUACUGAAGUCAUAUUGCCUGAACAGCAACAAAUUCUUCAGACGAUUAUUUACACUUGGAUUCAUCGUUCUGACCAUCUUGGCGGUGUCCUUCGGCCCUUUCAGUGCUCAGUUACCACAGGUAAUUUCCCGUUUGUUUCCGUUCAAAAGGGGCUUGGUACAUUCGUACUGGGCUGCGAAUGCUUGGGCUCUAUACAUAGCCGUGGAGAAAAUCCUGUCCGUGAUAUGGAAGAAUCUGGGAUGGUUGCGAGACGCUAAGUCUGCAGUGAUGACGGGCGGUCUGGUGCAAGAGCAGAGUUUCCUCAUAUUACCCACUCCGACGCCAGUUGUCACGUUUCUUCUCAUUUUUGUGGCGAUGGUCCCUGCGUUGUGGUGCCUGCUCUUUAAGAAGGCCUACAUGAAUUCGAAGUGUUUCGUCAGGUGCGUUAUAAUAUGCGCGUUGAGCUCGUUCAUGCUCGGCUGGCACGUGCACGAGAAAGCGAUACUGACUGCGAUCAUUCCUCUGUGCAUCCUCGCAGUGACGGACGCGGGAGACGCACGGAUAUUUAUAAUUUUAAGCAAUGCUGGAUACACUGCUCUUUUGCCGCUGCUGUAUCCUGCUAAUUUAUUUCUCUUAAAAUUAUUAUUGUCUCUGGCACACGUGCUUUCGUCGAUUCUGGUGUUGACUAAUCAACACGGCGAGCCUCUAUUGCGAUUGCACGAAAAGCUAUACCUAAUACCGCUACCGUUAAUCACGAUCUAUGAAGUAGUGCUGCACAAAUCGUUGUUUGGUGAAAAGUUGCCGUUUCUACCGUUGGCGUUUACUUCCGUAUAUUGCGCAAUUGGAAUAACUUAUUGCUGGCUAUCGUACUAUUACAUGUAUCUGCGACAUAGCAACGAUGUCGAAGCAGCAGAAAGCAAAUUGAAACGCCGAUCGAAAGACAAGCUAUCUUAAGAAGCACGGUCGCUCCUCUCGAAAGAUUUGUAUAUAUUUUAAUAACAAAAUAAAACAUUUAUAUUGCAUAA